AUGGCGGAUGCAAUAUGCAUCGUGAUGCUUCGAAUGACUAUCCAUGCACAUCAUCCCAAUCCAUAUAUUCCAUUUAAUUCCGGAAAUUCCGUGUCUAUUGGCGAAAAAGUUGUUCGAUCAAAAAGUACAAGUGUGUUUGGGCACGAGGCAGGAUUGCGAAAUGAAAUGAUGUUGCAAAGCGUAAUAAAGAAUGCAAAUCGAGAAGCCAUUUCUAAUCAAAUGUGUAUUAAUGAAGGGCCCGCAAAUUAUGACCAUCGUGUCGAGGAACGUGCGGUCGCGACCAAUAACGU